CUCCCUCUUUUAUUCUUUUCUUUAUUCUUUUCUUCUUUAUAUAUAGUAUACCCUGCCCUAACCCUAACCCUAAGAGAGCCUUUAUUUAUAUAUAAUAUAUAAUAAUGACAAUUUGUCUACCUACAGAAGAUGGAAUCCCAUAUAACAAAUGGAUAAAUAUCAUAUUUGGUGAUUGCGUAUAUGGCACACAGGAUGCAUUAAGUUUAUUAUUAGGAUAUAUUUCUAUUUUCUUUUGGUUAAAUGCACAAUUACCACAAGUCAUUCAGAAUUAUAAAAGUGGUUCAGCAGAUUGUUUAAGUUUAAAUUUCUUAUCUAUUUGGUUAGCAGGAGACACAUUUAAUUUAUUAGGUGCUAUAUUAACACAUCAAUUACCAUUUCAAUUAUAUUUGGGAAUUUAUUUUGUUUCAAUUGAUCUUUGUUUACUAUUCCAGUGGAUUUACUACAAUAAAUUAAAGCCUUCUUCUUCUACAGCUACAAAAGAUGAUUAUCUUAUUAUACCCUCUACUGCAAUUGAUAUUAAUACUGAAGAUACAUUAUUUCAACAUCCUGCUUUACAACACACUCCUUUAAAUAUCAGUCAUACAAAUGUUUUAGACGAAUUAACACCAUUUUCAUCUUCUGCUUCACCUUCUAAAUGGUAUACUCUCUCUUCUUCAAAGGAUGAACAACCUAUCAUUGUAACUUCUAUAAAGCAUCAUAAACAACAUAGAUUUAUGGCUAUCUUAUUGUUUGGUACAUUAUUUAAUAUACAACAAGAAGACUCUAUAAUAAUGAAUAGUAUAUCUCAAGAUCGUCUUUUAUGGCUUGGUAGAAUACUUGCUUGGUCUUGUACAUCUCUUUAUUUAAUGUCACGUAUACCUCAAUUGCUUAAAAAUCGUCGUCGACAAUCAGUAGAAGGUUUAUCAGCUUCUUUAUUUAUAUUUGCUGUCUGUGGUAAUCUAACUUAUGCAACAAGCAUUUUAACGCAUCCUGGUCAAACUUUAGAUUCUUUAUUAGAGUCAUUACCUUAUUUAAUAGGUAGUGCAGGUACUUUAAUAUUUGAUUUCUCUAUCUUUUGCCAAUUUUUAUGGUACAAAAAGAGAACCACAAUAGAUAAUAAACUUGCUACUAUUGAAGGAAUAGCUUAAAAUAUAUAUAUAUAUAUAUAAUUAAAAUGACGACAUA